AUGUCUCUGGUCACAGAAGAGAUCAGGGCCAAGGCCUCGGAGGUCUACAAUGGCGACGAGAUCUGCCAGGCCAAAUCCAAGGAGCUGCUGAGGGAAAUCGAGCUCCCCAAUGGGCUGCUGCCACUACACAACAUCGAGGAGUGUGGGAUCGUGAGGGAGACAGGGUUCGUCUGGCUGAAGCAGAAGAAGAGCAUCACUCACAAGUUCGACAAAAUUGGGAAGCUCGUGAGCUAUGCGCCAGAGGUGACUGCUGUGGUGGAGAAGGGGAAGAUCAAGAAGCUGACCGGUGUCAAGACCAAGGAGCUUCUGCUUUGGGUAACCCUUUCUGAUAUCUACACCGACGAGCCGCCUACUGGGAAAAUCACGUUCAAGACCCCAACUGGGUUGUACAGGACUUUCCCUACUACUGCUUUUGAGGUUGAGGAACCUGCUGCUAAGGAACCGGCAGCUAAGGAGGGAGCUGCUGCUUCUGCUGCUAAGGAACCGGCGGCGAAGGAGGCUGUUGCAGUGAAGGAAGCAUGA